AUGUCUCUAUUCGGAGAUGACGACGAGCCUGUUGGCGCAACAAUCCCGUCAAAGUCGCGAUUAUCCCUCUUCGACGACGAGCCAAGUUCGACCCCAGGAUCCAAAUCUUCAUUAUUCGCAGAUGAUGACGAUGUUUCGGGAGGCUCGCCAUGGGGUACAUCACUGCCAAAGAAGCUAGACCGGGGAGCUUUACUAAAAACUCUUCUUCCUACAUCCGACGUGCCCGAGAGUUAUAUUGACAUCUUUGAUGAUAUACUCAAGGAUGGCAAUGAAUCCAAUGGAAAACUUAGUAGGACCGGCGUGACAAAACUUUUAGAUGCUGCAGAUUUGGGUCCCGAGAAGUCGAGCUGGAUCAUGAAAAUUAUUGCCCCUACUUCACAACCACAAGAUCUAGAACGGAGCGAGGUCAAUGUACUAUUGGCUUUGAUUGGGUUGGCUCAGGAAGAAGAGGAUGUCCAUGACGUUACACUUGAUGGUGUAGAUGAGCGACGAAGGAAUCUCCCAGUGCCAAAGCUUGCAAGCUUGACAAACUUAGCAACCGCAAACUUAGAAUCCUCUGCGACCGAUGAAUCAACUGCGAAGCCUGCUCAGCGACCUGCAACCCCACCAUCUGUACCAUCCAUACAUAACUCAUUAAUGUUACGAAAAGACUCCCUGGAAUUUCCCGAGGCUGAUCCAUGGGGAAGCCCGGCUCUUCACAAAGGUCAUAAUCAUGCUAGUCCCAGAUCGAAUGGAGCCCCGACAAAUGGAGCACGCGAACCUGUGAGAACCGUAAGUGGCUUUACAAAUACUUCUACAGGACCAUCAAAUGAAGAUCGACGUCAGCAGUCUAGAAGUGCUCCUAUAGAGCCUGCGAGUGGAGGAUGGGGCUCCUAUGAUGCGAAUCCAAAUUUUAACAACUCAGCAACACCACCAAUUGGUGGUAGUGGUGGAUUCGGUGGCGAUGGUGGAGAAGGGGAACGGCCAGAGGAAGCUGCUCCGCCAGCCCGCACAUUUGGCGGUGGCCGUGUGACUAGUAAUGGAGCAGAAGAGAAUAUAGUCGUCACUUUGUUAGCUGAGAAAGAGGGAAUGUUCUUAUUCCAACAUCAUAACUAUCAAGUUUCUUCUGUUCGCAGAGGAAGUAAGGUUACAAUUGCCACUCCUGCCCCAAAGAGAGUCGCAGUAAAUGGAAAUCAUCUGGCUGCAGAAAGCUCAUUUAUGGAGAAACGCAGAAGAGGAUUAGCACGGUUUUCCAAUGCACUUGUCCGACACCCUGUUCUUAGUCAAGAACAAUUGGUCAUAAUGUUUUUGACUGUUCCAACAGCUAAUCAGCAUCAGGAGCUUGCUGUUUGGCGAAAGCAGGCUACUAUAUCUGUUCAGGAGGAAUUUGUUGGACGACCACUACCACCGGGACUAGAAGACUCCCUUCCCCCUACUCUGAACGAUCUCUUCGCCCAGACUCGAACUGGUAUCCGACGAUCUGCAGAAGCCUAUGUUAACAUGUGCAAUCUUAUGGACCGCCUAGCAAAACGCAAUGAAGGACUUGCUGCAGAUCAUUUACGCAUGGCGCUUUGCUUACAGUCGCUCACUGAUGUCUCUCAAGACACCUACGCUAUCGAUACCAAUGAUGUGCCACUGCUGAACGAGGGUCUUCAUUCUACUGCCAAGCAUCUUUCUAAUAGUCAAAACAUUCUCGAAGAUGAGGCUAAGGCCUGGGAUCAAGGCGUUCUAGAAGACUUAAAGAAGCAACGAGACUCUCUUGUCAGCAUGAGAGAUAUGUUUGAGCGUCGGGAUCGCUAUGACAAAGACAAUAUUCCAUAUUUAGAACGCAGGAUUGAAAACAACGAGAAUAAAUUGGUGACAAUACGAUCAAAGCCUGAAAACAUGGUUAAGCCAGGAGAAAUUGAAAAGGUUACAGAAGCCAUUAUCAAAGAUAAGGAGUCUAUUGUAGCUCAGCAUGCACGAGGGAUAUUUAUUAAAGAGUGCAUAAGAGAUGAGCUCAUCUACUUCCAAUCAACACAAUAUAACAUCAGUCGACUAAGUCAAGACUGGGCACAAGAACGUGUGAAGUACUCCGAGCUUCAAGCCCAUAACUGGAGACAACUGGAAGAGGAGCUUGAGAGUAUGCCACUUGGGGAUUAG